CUCGACAGUGAGCAACGCCAGGUCGCUUCCGAACAGUCGCUCGUCGCGCGCGCUCCUCGCACGCACCCCAGCCCCGCAGCUGCAGCCACCGAGAGGGACAGAAAGAAAGAUCAAAAGAGCUGCAGCCUCAGCUUGGUUCGCUCUGCUCGUUUGCGCGAGCGACCGAGCCACGGACAGACAGUGAGAGACGGUUUGUGUCCAGUGUAGUGCAAUUGCCGCCAAAGUGUUUUGUGGGGUGUACUGGGAAGGGUCGUCGCGACCCUCCCCGCUCGGCACGGCCGCCGGCCACCACCACCACCACCUGGGCAGCACGAUCCUCGAGCCGCAGGCCCUCAGCACCCCUGCGUCGCAGCAGCCGUGCUCCGAGGACGAAGGCAGUCCCGGCGUCGAGACACCGCCGUCCGACCACAUGCUGACCGCCAUGGAGGCGUCCAGUCCGGACCUGAAACCGCACCACCUGCACCAGCACUACGGCGGCCUCUCGCUGGGCGCCAUGCAGCAGCCCAUGGGCCACCACCACUCGAUGCAGGGCGGCCAGCAGAUGGGCCAGCAGGCCACGGCCGCCAGCAAGGCGGCGCAGAACGCCGACCGCGUCAAGCGGCCGAUGAACGCGUUCAUGGUGUGGUCGCGCGGCCAGCGCCGCAAGAUGGCCCAGGAGAACCCCAAGAUGCACAACUCGGAGAUCAGCAAGCGGCUGGGCGCCGAGUGGAAGUUGCUGAGCGAGACCGAGAAGCGGCCGUUCAUCGACGAGGCCAAGCGGCUGCGGGCCGUCCACAUGAAGGAACACCCCGACUACAAGUACCGGCCGCGCCGCAAGACCAAGACCCUGAUGAAGAAGGACAAGUACCCGGCGAUGGCCGGCUCCGGGGGGCCGGCGGGCGGGCAGGCGCCGGGCGCGACGGCGCUGAGCGCGUCCGAGCGCCAGAGCGCGCAGCAGGCCGGACAGCAGCUGGGCGGCGGCGGCGGCGGGUCGGCGUCGUCCGGCUCGCGCGGCGACAUGUACGCGCAGAUGCCGAACGGCUACAUGCCGAACGGGUACGCGGCGGCCGCGGCGGCCAUGAUGUCGCACCACGAGUCGGCCGCCAGCUACCAGUACCAGCACCACAUGGGCAGUCCGAACGGCCUGUCGUACCACCACCGGGCGUACGACGUGCAGAUGCACCACCAGUCGAUGCCGGCGUACAUGAACGGCUCCGGCUACAUGUACCCGUCGUCCAACUCGUCCGGCGCCGGCUCGCCGCUGUACAUGCAGCAGCCGCUGAGCAUCGGCGCGCCGCAGAUGUCGCACUCGCCGACCAGCGUCAGCAGCAUCAAGUCGGAGCCGCACAGUCCCGGCGGCCCGGCCGGCGGCGGCGGCGGCUCCACCAACGUGUCCAGCAACAACAACGGGCCCAUCAAGCGCGAGCCGAGCAACCCGUCGGCGCAGUCGGCCGCCCUGCUGGCCGCCGGCUACGGCCAGCCGCAGCAGCAGCCGCAGCAGCAGGGCGACCUGCGCCAGAUGAUCUCGAUGUAUCUGCCCGGCAGCGAGGCCGUCGAGCACCAGAACCGGCUGAUGCAGCACUACGCGGCCGCCCAGCAGCACGCGGCCCUCCAGCACCAGCAGCAACACUCGCCCGGCGAGCCCAUGGCCCUGCAGCAGCCCUCGACGCCCACCCCGACGCAAGCCGGCGGGAGAUGAUGGACCGAUGCAGGGAGCCACGAGGAGGAGGACGAGGACGAUGAUGAUGGGUAUCUCUGCACUGAUCAACAGCAAUUAGGGGACUAUCAGCAUCAGCAGUAUUAGCCGAGCAGCAGCGCGGCCGCCUCGCCUGUGCCACGGCCCUCACCCACCGCCACAAAGUGACUCUUUCCCCGCGGACUCUCGUAAAUUCGUAUUAAUUCACACUCACUACUCUGCUCGCAUGUUAUGUUAAAGAAAUUUGCGUUUUGCCAGCCCCGAUCGUAUACGAGCGCGCGUUUUCACACAUUAUUAUUAUUAUUAUAGCGGAUUAGGGGCAGCGAGCGAUUUUUAUCUGCGCGCGCACGCGAGUCCAUAAUUUAUUAACGUGCAUAUCACAGAUUAUUAAUCUACUUGCGAGAGGUGUUGAAACAUGCGAUUUGUAAAUAAAAAUACAAAUUAGAAGAAGAAAAGGAACGAACGAACGCCCGAAAACGAUUUUGUGUAUUUCUUUCGACCCGCUGAGAUAAACAAACAUACGAGAAAGGCUCAAAACUAUUAAUUGUCCCCUCCGUACCGAAUGUAGCUCCCUAAGUCACACAUUUUUAAUAUACCCAUCGUCACUCGACUGCUGAGAUUUGUUGUUAAUUAAUAUAAUUCAUCCAUACCAAACUGAUCAGAGUAGUUUUAAUUAAUUAAUUUUUGAAUAAAUUUGUCUUCUUCAUUUCGAAUGCUGUCUCUGUUUUUGAUUCUUUGUGUACAUAAGAGUACAAUUUCGACGCAGAGCAAGAUUAAUUCCUUAUUUAUUAUUUGAGCGUAAAUUCUAUAUGUUUGUCUUUCCCCGAAACUAUAUUUAAAGAGACCACAGAGGCCAUAAGUUUACUCACGCAGAAAUUUGGAUCGAGGUGUUAUGUUUUAUGUCGAUUUUCAAAAUGAAGGCCAUAAUAAUUUUAGUCAUCUCUCACCUACAAAUCACAUUAUUAUAUAUAUUAAUUGAUAAAAUUUAUUUGAACAGAUAGUUUGUGUAAUUAUUGUAAAGAAGAUAAUUAUUAUUAUUAUAUAACUCUAGGUUGAAACAACGAGACAUCAAAUUGAUGUCUCGGUGUAGUUUUCAAAUACCACAGGCGUUCCUAUUAAAAUAUUGACGACAAAAUCAGAAAAUCUGAUUGAAAAAUAAUAUAAAAUCUUGUUCAAAAAUUAUAAUUUGCUCCAGCCAUCCGACUUCUUUUCAUUUGUAUACACAGAAAUGGGGCAAAAUUGAGAGAGCGAGAGAGAAAUUGAUGAAAUAAUACAAUUAAUUUCCUGUCUGUUGCAAAAAACGUGGUGAUUCUUAUUAUUUUUCUAAUAAACUAGGCGCCCAACUGCACAAACAUUGUGAAUGUAUGUGAUUUUGUUGAUAAAUCUGCGACCGACGAGAUUGGAAAGUAAUUGGAAAAAAACGAGCUGUCAAAUGUGUUGGUGAAUUGAAUGGACAGACACUUGUAAAUAUUGUGCAAAAAUACAAAAAAAAAUCCAACUGCUGUCACACACUCUCAUCAUGUGUUAUUAUAUUCUGAAUGAUCGCGAUUUUGUCUCGAAAAAUUGUUAUGAAAUUAGUUUUCUCAUGUGAAAAAUUGAGAAAUUUGAUGUUAUCAAUUCCUUCUCAUCAGCACACACAAAAACAUACGAAUUUUAAAAUGAGAUCGAUGAAAGAAAGAAAGAAAGAAAGUUGUGCGCAAGAAAACAGUGACAUAUAUACAAAUGCGACAAAAAUGCUGUUUCGUUUGCUAUAGUGUUUUGUAUAGAAAAAAAUCUACCGUCUAAAUAUAUACAUAAUCAUUACAA